CGUCACCUCAGCCUGCUGUGCCUCUCAACAUUCAACGUCAGCACCGCUCAUUCUUCGUUCGCUCGGAUCCGAGACAAGCCAAAAUGGCGCGUCUCAACACCCAUCCUUCUGCGACACCGCUGCAGACUCGGUCCUCGACUGUAGACUCCCUCUAUCGCGACCCCUCAGUCGCGCCCCGUAAUGCGAGCAGCGCGCGUGGUACAACAUACUCUGUCAUGAGUCCGUCCCAAUCGUCCGAUAAGGAGAAUUUGGGAUCAGAAUCGCGCGAGAGUACGCCUCAGCCCGCAAAACGAAAGGGACUUGGCAGCGCGUCAGGACGUAUUCCUACCCCAGACACAGGUUCCACUGUAGGCAGUGGCGGCAACAAGCGGCAACGGACUGGCACCUAUGAUCUGAAUGGUGGAUCCGAGAUCUAUGCGGACGAGGAAGAAGAGCCCGAACGCGCACAGCGACGAAGGACCGCAACUACUCAGCCUGAGGAAGAGGAGGAAGACAGCCAGAGCAAGCUAUACAACCCCAACCAGGAUCCCAACAAGCGUCGAGAGGUCCGCUACCAGCUGCGCGAGAAUCAUCGCCAAUUGGAGGACAAUCGCAGCGAAUUUGUCAAAGCGAACAACACCGGACUGUACGAGCUCCUGAGGAAGAACGACUCUACUUUCGGAAAGGUGCGGCAAACAGCAGAUGCGACUGUGGACUCGAGGUUCCUGGUCACUGCAACCGACCUCGCAAACAAGAAACUACAGAACAGUCUGCACGGCAGCGGUGGGGCUGGUGUCGAUCUCGACCAGUUCGUCUCCAAGUGCAUAUACUUCAUGAAAUCUGGCGGCUACAGAUACGGCGAGGAAGACGCGCCGACAAUUGCUGUUGCUGAUGAUGAGGAGGACGAUACAGGCGACGGUCUCGACUGGGCCCUGUUUGGACGACAAGCUUGUUUUCCGAGUAACAAGCGACCGCCUACGGCGAACUUCCUUCUUGGACCUUUGUCUGUACAAAAGAAGGUCAGGACCACGCAACGGCGCGCUACCCAACGGAGAGCGCCUGUUGGCCCUGCGACAAGACCACAAGAAGUCAAAGAAGGCGACAUCACUCAGUCAGAGAACGCGAAUCUUACACACGUGGUCAAAGGAAUCAAGUCAAGGUUGGAAUCUCACCUCAACACCGCAGCAGAGGCUGCUAGCGAUGAGAUGGGUGACAUUCCUGAAGAUGACGCGACAGAAGAGUAUGUCUCUGCUGUAUUCGCGCGACAUCGUGUCGCUCAGACCCCAGAGGGCGAACCUGCAGUCCAUCUUUUCGACUUUGCCAUCAAUCCUCUCGACUUUGGACAGACGGUUGAGAAUCUUUUCUACAUCAGUUUCUUGGUGAGGGAAGGUAACGCGCAGAUUGUCAAAGACAAUGAUGGUUUACCACUACUCGCACCUGCCGCACCACGAGGCGUAUCCGAACAACGAGACCAGGGCGCGCAGAAGCAUCAGGCUGUCUUUAGUAUUGAUUAUCUAACAUGGCAGAUGUUUACCAAAGCCUAUGGCAUCAUGGAGCCGCUCAUACCGCAUCGCUUGCAAGAGGAAGAUAACGGCGGUUCUCGUUGGUACUGAGCUUGAUGUAGUUUCACGGCCUUCGCUUUGCUACGUUCCUCGCGGCUAUCCCUAUGCUUCGCACGUUCUUUUGGGUCUGACUGGUGCUAUGGUGUACUGCAUUGGCUGUACCGCCCGGCGCAACUUCUUCUAUGAUACUAUGAUCGGCGGCUCUUCCUCGCACUUUAGCUCUUUCUAUCUUCGAUACCCCAGAUCUCAUAUUCAUCCUACCAGGGCUUCUUAUGUGGCCUAGAUAGAGGAUUGCUCAGUAGCUCUCUGCACGCAAUACCAGUUACAUCACUUU